UUUCUCGUUCAGACGAACGUCAUUUUUUGCACGAAUGUGUCGUGGUUUUUGCGAUCGGAACCAGCAAAUCCAGACAAUUUACGCGAGGAACUGGCCGGAUAGCGGAUUGGAUAAGAAUGCCGUCACCUCCGGUAAUGCUGAAAAAUCGUUGGUUUGCAGAUUCAUAGGCCGAAAUAACAUUUUUCAUCUAUGCUGGAAGUUAUCACCGCUGCCGCAGAGAUGGAUGAAAUUUCAAAAACAUCCAAGUCCGUUUCACAUAGAUCCCGGAGACGGCCAGAAAGUUCAGCAGCAGUCGGCUUAUUUUGCAGCUGUUUUGUCCGCUAUACUAAACUGGGCCAUAGCUGGUGUGUGAAUGCCCUAAACAACAGCCGGCUGGCUAUUUGGAUUUCGGCAAAUUUUGGAUCGUUGGCAAAUUGCACUUUGCCCCGACCUUGGGCCGACGUCAGCACCUUCUUACUCUCCCGAUGGUAGCAGGUUAUGAACGUGGAACUGCCGCCUGCCGCUGCUGCAGGGUGCCACUGCAUCGUAUUGGGGAAUCAGCAGUGAGGAACGACAAAAC